UUCACCAUCUUUCAUUCUUUCAAUCUUCCCCAUUACCACAAGUCAACUUCUUCACUCUCUCACUACAAACAUGUCUUCAAUCCACAGCCGGAAAAAGGUCAUCAAACUAAACACAGUCGCCGUAGACCUAGGUUGCAGUUGCCGCCGUUCACGUCUCCUCUCCGCCAUUUUCCGGCGCCGACCCAAAAAACAACCCACCACUAGUCAUGACUAUAAUAACUACAAUCAUAACAACUAUUACUAUUCCGAUUACACUACUCCGACCACCGCCACCACCAAUUCCACUUUCACUCCCACCGGACCCAGCUAUUUCUCCGACGAAAACUACGAAGAAGAUGAGUAUUCCACCGACAUUAAGAGCCUGAAAGCAGUUCAGGGUUUUGGAAGGGUUGGAGGAGAAAGCGUAGCUGUUGAAAAAGAUUCCGACGAUCCGUAUCUUGAUUUCCGCCGCUCGAUGAUGAGGAUGAUUGUUGAAAAAGAGAUAUAUUCUAAGGAUGAUUUAAGAGAACUUCUUAAUUGUUUUCUUCAACUUAACUCUCCUUACCACCAUGGAAUCAUUAUCAGAGCUUUCUCGGAGAUCUGGAACGGGGUUUAUUAUUCCGGCGGUCGGAAUGGAAUGGGACCCAUGUAGGAUGAUGACACGUGGCGGGUUUUAAUAAGCUAGCUAGAAGUAACGUUAAUUUCUGUGUUUUUUUUUUGGGUUGUACGAGACUGAUGCGAUUGAUCAAUCUUAUUGAUGAAAAAAAAAAAAUCUAAAUGGGAUUGAACAAUCGCAACGGUUGAGAGUAGUUUUUUUUUUUUACUAAUAUUAGAAAUGUAGGCUGAAAAAAAGCUUGUAUUUUUAACUAUGUUUUAAUGGAUUAAGCUUAUUUAUUGUUAAUUUA